AGCAGGCACUUCUCUAAACAAGAGACCGGACCAGAGGGGCAUAGACCCCUGUUUUUCCCGCUUCCACUGGACAGACUUUUCAGCUACUAUGUCAGAACAGAGUGUUUUCCAUUCAGAAGAAAACCUCAGCUCCACAGCCAUCCAACAGGGCAGGGGUCGAAACAUCAAGCUUUUCUCAUCCUCAGAGGAGGACAGCAGUCUGUAUUUCACUUACAGUGGAGGUCGCAAUGAACUGGAAGUCCGCAAUCUCAACUUUGAGGUGGACACAGCGGCGCAGAUACCCUGGUAUGAGAGGCUGUCAGAGUUUAAGAUGCCCUGGGAGAUGCACAGCAACAAGCAAACUGCCAUAAAGGAUCUAAACCUACGUGUGCACAGUGGCCAGAUGCUUGCCGUAAUUGGCAGCUCAGGCUGUGGGAAGACUUCCUUACUGGACAUCAUAACUUGUCGAGAUGAGGGAGGCUCCAUGAAAUCGGGAGAGAUUCUGAUCAAUGGGAAACCUUCCACACGAUCCCUGGUGAAGAAAAGCAUUGCUCAUGUGCGUCAGGAUGACCGUUUAUUACCUCAUCUCACAGUAAGAGAGACGCUGGCUUUUGUGGCAAAACUUCGGCUGCCUGCACAUUUCUCCCAGGACCAGAGAGAUCAAAGGGUGGAUGAUGUCAUCGCAGAGCUGCGUCUGAGGCAGUGUGCCCACACACGGGUGGGGAAUGAUUAUGUGAGGGGGGUGUCAGGUGGAGAGAGGAGAAGGGUUAGCAUUGCUGUGCAGCUACUCUGGAAUCCUGGUAUUCUUAUCCUUGAUGAACCGACUUCAGGUCUAGACAGCUUCACGGCCCAUAAUUUAGUAAUUACAUUGUCCCGUCUGGCUCGAGGGAACCGUCUGGUCUUGCUUUCCGUCCAUCAACCCCGCUCAGAUAUCUUCCAGCUCUUUGACUUGGUGGUACUCUUGUCUUCUGGUUCAGCUGUGUACUGUGGUCAGGCCAAAGACAUGGUACCUUACUUCACUGCUCUUGGGUACCCUUGUCCACGCUACUGCAACCCCUCUGACUACUAUGUGGACUUGAUAAGCAUCGAUCGGCGCAGUCCUGAAAUCGAAGCAGAGUGUUUGGAGAGAACUAGGAUUUUAGCAGCACGAUUUGUAGAAAAGGUGAAAAACACUGAGGAUUUCAUGUGGAAAUCAGAAGAUUGUGGUCCUCUGGCCCUGGACAGCCCUCAAAGCAGUACUCCCCCCAUCUCAAACAAGGAAUCAGUGAUCACAGUGUCCCAACAGAAGAACCGAUUUCCGGGUAAACUGCACCAAUUCACUACCCUGAUUAGACGGCAGGUAUUUAAUGACUACCGGGACUUGGUGACACUAGUAGUUCAUGGUUUGGAGGCGUUGCUGAUGUCACUGCUUAUAGGUUUCCUUUACUACGGGGCUGGAGGAGAGGGUCUUUCUAUCCAAGAUACAGUGGCUCUGCUCUACAUGAUAGGAGCUCUGACACCUUUUGCUGUGGUGCUGGACGUCAUAGCAAAGUGCCAUUCAGAGAGAGCUAUGCUGUAUCAUGAACUGGAAGAUGGCAUGUACUCAGUCACCCCAUACUUUUUUGCCAAGGUCCUCGGCGAGCUGCCAGAGCACUGUGCCUUUACACUGGUAUACGGUGUGCCCAUCUACUGGUUGGCUGGCCUCAACAAUGCUCCCGAUCGUUUUCUUCUCAACUUCCUGUUGGUGUGGCUGAUGGUGUAUUGUAGUCGCUGCAUGGCACUAUUUGUGGCGGCAGUGCUGCCAACACUACAGACCUCUGCUUUCAUGGGCAACGCUCUCUUCACAGUCUUCUACCUGACUGCAGGCUUUGUCAUUAGUCUGGAAAAUAUGUGGUUGGUGGCGUCUUGGUUUUCUCACAUUUCAUUCAUGCGCUGGGGUUUUGAGGGAAUGCUGCAGGUUCAGUUCCGUGGGACCAAACUCCCUAUCACUAUUGGAAACCUGACGAUAGAAUUAGAUGGCAUUAAAGUUGUGGAGAUGAUGAAAAUGAACCAGUAUCCCCUUUAUUCCUGCUACCUGGUGCUUAUUGCUGUCGCUGUGGUUUUCAUACUGCUCUAUUUUGUGUCACUCAAAUUCAUUAAACAGAAGUCCAGUCAGGAUUGGUGAAGAGCAAAGAUCACACCUAACUAUUGAGGUUCAUUGAACUACCACUGCCUGCCACUGGAUGGCAGCAAUGUACUGUUUCUGUACUCUCUGAAGUUCUCUGCCGUCAUUUAAUUUAAUUAUUAGCUUUUUGGCAAACUAUUAAAGCUCAUGUUUGAUAUAUACCCUUCAACAACUUUUGCAUGUCACAAUUAAGAUUUCAUUCAUGUAGUCUUGUUUUCUUUUGUACAUAAUAUUUUUGUAUGUUUAAUAUUACUAAACUUAACGUAUAGUACAGGAGUUUUGAAAACUGGUAUUGGCUUAAAGUCGCAUUGGGUAAAUGCCUGUUUUUCCAAAACAGUGCUACAAUCCACUUUUUUCCUGAACGCGGAAGUAUUUGAUAGGAUUCCUUUCAGUUUCCAGUCUUUUCACUCAUGUCGGCGUAUUUUCUUAGCAGGUAAUGUGAUGUUUAAGGUAUUACAUUUGUAAAAAAUGGUCAAAAACAUGUGGUUCUACAGUGCCUCACCUAAGAGUGUGGAUGACAUAAAGCGAUGGUCGUCAGUUAGUUAUGUUGAUAUCAUUAACUGCUUUGAAUUAUUAUUAUGACAGCCAACAACAGCACAAGCUGAGCCUGAAAUUCAUUUUACUCCAGAAAGUUGCCAGCGCACUGCAAGUUUUUUCUCCCCCUGAAACCCUCCUCCUCCACAGCACCACUUGUCUCGAUCUGCUAUAUGAGGAUUGUAUGGAGGCCUAUGUCUACUUGUGCAGCAGCAUGUCUUACGUACUUUCAGAUAAAAGAUUAAAAUGGAAACAGGAAAAUUCAUGUUGUGAAUAAAUGUAGUUUCUGUUACAGCUAUUUAGGCAUGUUUAGAAGUUCAUGGCAAAUUCACUUGAAACAUUCCAAACUGUUUUAAAAUGGUCUUUUAUAUUUCAUUUUAAAACUUCAUGAUGCUAAUGAGCUAGCAAAGAGCUCUUGAAAAGUAGUGUAAUUCCCCAUAGACCGCAUUUGGCAUGCACAAAUCCACUGGCCUUCUCCACCUCUUUGAGUCUCCUGGGCACCCUGACAGUGCAGGAAACUCCCUUUGAGACAGUCAACAACAAGAUCACGAGCUCUUCAACAAUGAUUUACCAAAAAAAAAAAAAAAAAAAAAAAAAAAGACAACAUGCAAAAAGCCUACAUGAAUGCCAUAUAAAAUUAUAGUUACAAUAAACAGUUACAGUAAUUAAGGCCAGUGUUAUUAGAAGAAUGUCACAGAAAAAAUAUAUUUAAAUGAAGGUGAAUGCAUCUGGGAUUUUGACAUCUGGACAACACAGAGAGCUGAGUGACCUUGACUAAGUUUACUUAGUAGCUAAUAUUUAAUGUCUACAUGUUUUGGAAAUAAAUUGACAGUUUGAA